AUGGCAGAAGCAGCGACGCUGAAGCAGGCUGUCGGCACGCCAUCCUCACCGCUCUUCACCGCCUCGAUGGCAUCCACAGGCGAGGUUGCCGCAGGCCCAACAGCUUUGGUCUUUGACGGCACGAUUUCUGCCGUCAAUUUCGGGUUUUCUCCGCCAAUUGCGUCAACUACUGGCGCCGUGGUCUUUGCAGAAACCUCGGUCAUGUCCUUCUCGAAGAUGGACGGUGCCUCGGGAGGCGCUGAUGUGCGGACCUCUGUGUAUGAUGUCGAGGCUUUAGAGGCUGAAGUUGAUAUGGCAAAUCUGCCCUGGGCUGACUAUCGUGGCCUCCAGGCGGUGCCCUUGCUCACUGGCGACGGCGAUCAGACCUGGACCGACGUUGCGGUCAGCGCCAGCACAAAGUCAUUUUCUGGCCGCCAGCUGGCGGCCAUGCUCUCAUCCUGGGCCCAAGGCCGACAGGAGCAGCUGCGGACGAGUGGCGUGCCGAACAACAUUGUGAUGAUGAUCUCCGACGCCGGCACGCUCAAGUGCCCAUCAUGCUCGCUCUCGGCCUCGCCUCUGCCGACCCUCACCGUCGACUAUUAUGAGAUCUGUCGGGUGGUGACGGUUGCCAACGGCCAAGUCUCGGUCUCACCGGUGACUGGGAGGACCCAGGCUGCGGUCGGCGACUCGCUGGUGGUGACGUGCUCGGCUGGCUAUACGCUGACCGGCUCGGUUGAUGGCGUUAUUCUGUGCACUGACACUGGAAGCUACGACCCGCCGCUGACCGGCAUUGCGUGUGAAGCUGCGCGUCCACCAGCGUCACCGCCACCGCCGCCGCCGCCAACAUUCGUGGGCCCAGUCCGCCCGCCGCCCGAAGUCGCGCCUGUCGUCGAGCCGACGCCGCCUGGCACCGAGUUUGCAGACGUUACGUUCUUCCUCGAACCUUCGACGUCGCCGCUGGGCGGAGGUGUGGAAAUGACCAUGCGCAAGGUUCCAGAUGGAGCUGCGUAUUGUGAUCCCACCAAGUACGAGAUCGACGUCUACAUCUUUGCUCCCGGCGCGCAGCCUGUGCUGCUCCGCGAUAUCGAAGACCCGGCGCGAGGUGGCGAGAAGCCUGGCAUUGUGUUCAUAUCUCCGGCCUCCAAUGAGACCGGGUAUGUGGCCAUCGACAUUGUCCGUCGUGCCAAGGGUACCGAGCAAAUCAUCGACGUCCACGUCCUGCCAUCGCUCCUCAACUAUGUCGACCACGACUGCAUCCUCCCGGGCUACGUCUUUUUUGACGGAAGCUGCAAGCCAUGCGUCGACAUCGAGGGAGCUUACUGCCCCGGCGGUGCACGCAUGUGGCCUCUGGAUGGGUAUUGGGCGGCAUCGGAGGACGGUCGGCCGACCAAGUGCCGGGUGGCCUCGUCGUGCCCAGGCGCGGUCGGCUCUGCCGGCGUUCCACCGCAGCAGACAGUGACCGGCAAGCGGCGGACGGCGACGUGCCAGGCGAGGUACACUGGCACAUUCUGCGCCCAGUGUGCUGCCGGGUACUCCAUGGACAAUGGCGUGUGCCGGAGCUGUGGCGGCGCGACGGCGUCGUAUGUGGAGACUGCCCUUGCUGGUGUCGGCCUCGUGGCGGUCAUCGUGCUUCUCGCGCUAUCACAGGUCCUGCUCUCGCGCAGCAAGUUUGCGCUCGUCCUUUUUACCUUGCUCUGUCUACAGAACACCGUUUUUGCUGUCCGGCUUGGCUUCCAGGCGAUCGACGACGGCGAAGUCCCGUCUUGGCUGCCGACGGCGGUCCGAAUGAGCACGCUGAUCCUGUUUGAUCUUGAAGCGCUGCGCCACGGCUGUGCUGUACCACCGAUGUCGUAUCCGUCGCUGUACAUGGCCUCGCUCUGCAUCGGCGCGCUGGUGCCGCUGGCGGCUGUUGUGUUGCGGUACACUUGCCUCCGCUCUCGCAAGGUGGCGCCGUCGCGGGCGUCGACUCGAAGCGAGCAAGGGGUGCGCGAGCGGGCGUCCACGUUGGGCGAGAGCAUGGCAUCACCGUCGAGCAUCUUUAUCAACGGUGAGUUUAUAUCCGGCCUCGGCAGCUCGUCCAGCUCAGACAUAGCGUCCGGCCUGGAACUCGGUUACCCGGAAUCGGGCUCGGGCUCGUCAAUUGGAGCCCACUCGCUGGUUGUGGAAGAGCAGCAGGAGAAUCACGGCGGAGCGGGGCUUACCCACCUCGACCUGGCAGCGCUCGACUCGACGAUGCGCGACGUUGUCUCGAGCUGGGAGUCUGUUGUGGGCGCAGUCUUUGCCUCGCUUAUUGCUGUCUUUCUGCCGAUUACGGCUCGAACGGCGCAGGGCCUGAUGUGCGUUCGUGCGGGUGAUGGGGAGUUGCGACUUGCGGCCGAUCUUUCUGUGGUGUGCUUUGACGGCACACAUGGAGUCAUGGCUGUAGUCCUUGUUCCGAUGGCAGCUUUCUUCUGCCUGGGCCUUCCGCUCUGGUCGACGGUGGUGGUUGUGCGGACGAUCCGGCGGAGGCAAGUGGCGAGGGCUCUGCGGUCGCGCCGUCGCGGAUGUGGAUCCGAGUGA